AUGAAUUUCCCAUUCAACCCAUUGUGGGCUAAGGGCCUGUUUGGAGAGGUAGUCACAGGCAUUCAGCAAGCUAACAACAUGAAGAAGAAGCAGGGCAAAGGCGAGUAUCGUAGAACCAGGAGUCAUAAACAGGGUCGAGAUCACAAGGCGAUAACGCAGCAUGAACUUGGAAUGCCGGAGAACCACAGGCGGGCUGAGGAUAAUCUGGCGUCGGACAGAGGAGAUAUCAGCACUGAUAUAGUGUAUGAAGUUGUUACAGAUGGCUGGCUGACAUAUGUGGAGGGCGUCUGUGUCAUCUGGUUCACCAUUGAGGUGAUGCUGCGUGUCAUCUUCUGCCCUGACAAGGCAGAGUUCUUCCGCAGUGCCCUUAACAUCAUAGACUUUGUGGCUAUUGUGCCCUUUUACCUAGAGGUGGCUCUUAGUGGUCUCUCCUCUAAAACAGCCAAAGAUGUGUUGAGCUUCCUGCGUGUAGUGCGCUUUGUCCGUAUCUUGCGUAUAUUCAAGCUGACCCGCCAUUUUGUUGGCUUACGAGUCCUUGGGCACACCUUAAGGGCGAGCACCAAUGAGUUCUUGCUGCUAAUUAUAUUCCUGGCGCUGGGUGUCCUCAUCUUUGCUACAAUGAUCUACUAUGCUGAACGCAUUGGAGCUGACCCAGAUGAUCCAACGGCUACAGCCCACACUACUUUUAAGAACAUCCCCAUUGGCUUCUGGUGGGCUGUAGUGACCAUGACAACUCUGGGAUAUGGAGACAUGUACCCUGAAACRUGGUCAGGAAUGCUCGUGGGUGCCCUCUGUGCCUUGGCGGGUGUGUUGACUAUUGCUAUGCCUGUGCCCGUUAUUGUCAACAACUUUGGUAUGUACUAUUCCCUGGCCAUGGCCAAGCAAAAGCUCCCCAAGAAAAGGAACAAGCACAUCCCAAGAGCACCACARCCAGGAAGCCCUAACUACUGCAAGCCAGAUGCUCUGGCCAUUGCAACAGCCUCUCCCGACAGACUAAUGGGCAAUGUGCUCGGGCCAGGCAUGGUGGGAUCCGGCAGCAUGAUUGUCACUGGAGAYUGUCCGCUGGCGCAAGAAGAGAUCAUUGAAAUAAACAGAGCAGACUCCAAGCAGAAUGGUGAUGCAGCCAAUGCAGCUCUAGCCAACGAGGACUGCCCCACCAUUGACCAAGUCCUUGGGGAUGAGCGCAGCCCAGCCACCGGGGGUCUCGGCUCCAAUACCAGCCGUGAGCGGUACCCACACGACCGGGCCUGCUUUCUGCUGAGCGCAGGAGAGUUUCAGCGCACCGUAGAUGGGAACGUUCGAAAAGAUUGUGCAGAAGCCUCAAAUGGCAGCUGGCUACAUGGAGAUGUUACAGGGGCUAUCCCUCAUCACUAAGACCAUCAUCUGUGUGGUAAUGACUGGGUCUGCCUGGCAAAGGACUUCUUCCAAAGAAUAACAUCUCUCUUUUGGACCAUCCUGCAUGUUCCCCUGAUUUAAAUGCAUGCAGAACCUUCUUACGAUCCAACAGUGCAAAAUGAGAAUUCUUGCCAUUUUUCAACUGGUCUUAACWUUUUGAUCAGGACUGUAUUAAUAUUCAGGUGGCACUUGUGAAAUGCCCUGUAGCCAAUUUAACAAAGUCUAUUAGACUCCUGAAAGCUUUCAAAUGAUGUGGUUAGCUUAGCAAAUACUUUGUCGGCGGAGGGAGAGUGGAUAAGAAUCUAUUCAUCCAUCCAUUUGUCCAUUUUCUGUACCCACCUAAUGCAGUUCAGAGUUGAAGAAGGUAAGUCGCUAGCAAUGAUCCCCAGUGGUCAAGAAGCAGGAGCCAGAAUCCACCCUGUCAGUGCAUCACAGAGCCAACACAACACAAACRACUAUUUCUACACACUCACACCUUAGAAAUACUUUGAAUAACCAGUUGACCUAAUGUGCAUGUUUUUGGACUGCAAGCUCACACAUUCCAAAGGAGACAAUGCAAGUCUAUGCAGAAAGACCACAUGUAAGAGUUGAACCCAGGACUACUUGUUGAGAGGAAACACUAAUCAAUGCUGUGCUGACAGGUGGAGUUACUAGCACAACCCAACAUCAUGGCUGCCACACAGGACUCAUCAUUUACUCAUCAUUUCUCUUAUCAAUGAAAAAAAAAAGAUAAUCUAUUUCAUGUCAUUUGCUAACUCUGUAACUGUGCUCCCAAUUUUAUAACACGGUGACACUGAUCCUGGCAAGUGGCCACUGCAGAACUUAACCCACAACUCAGGGGCUUUUUAAUAAAAAAAAAACACUUUCAUUUGUAAGUUAGUUGAAGAUUUGAAMGUUUGAGAACAAACCAGCGUGUUUGUUAUUGGCUAAACUAGACACAACCAGCAACUACUCAGUCUUCACACGGACACACCCAURUCACAUGUUUGGAUUGACUAAUAUUUCCUGAAUGUGGAAGAGGUUUCUGAACCUGCAGCUCAGUUUGUUGGUCUGACUUCAUGUCAGCAGCAUUGCUACCUGCACUGACCUAAGAGUGACUCAGCUUCCAGUGGCAGUAUCUUUAGUUUUCUCCAUUCUUUGGUCUCUCCUUGUUUUUGCCUUGCCUUUAUCCCCCCACCCUGCCCCCUCUCUUCUUUUGUCCAUCUUGUCUUUGUU